GGUUAGUCAGCAGGUUUGGAUAGCAGUCAUCUUCUUAUUAUCUUGGAGAUGUUCGGACACUGAAAAUUCACUCCCGAGAAAUAACAAUGCACGUCGAAGUGUCUAUUGCUGUGAAUUACAUUCUAUCCCACCUUUACACAAAAUUACCCAGACGUCGAGUUGAUAGUUUCGGCGAAGAGCUCGAGAAGUAUUUGCAUGCAAAGUUUCAGCAUCAUUGGUUUCCAAACGACCCAGCAAGAGAUUCAGCUUUCCGGUGCAUAAAUAGUGUCGGCCCUCAAGUUGACCUGUUACUACCCGAAGCUGCAGCAGUAAGUGGUCUAGACUGGAGUGAAAUUCAGGCAUGCUUACCGGAAGGACUGGUUCUCAGCAUUGAUCCAGGACACGUGACAUGCCAAUAUCAACAACCCAGUUACGGACAACCAGAGCUCAAUCGCUUUCAUUCCACACCAUUCUGGUCGCCAACUUCCAUUUCUUUGUCUUCUUCCGGUUGUUCUUCGGCUUCUUCAUCGAUUUCCUCUACAAAUUUAACCCCUACCUCGGGCCAGGUUACCCAUCAAGUUCUGUACAGUCUGCAAGACAACUGGUUUACUUCCAACGGGAACCACUGGCCCGACGGAAUCACCACAAAUAACUCAGUGAGCAAACAGCUGAAACAGGAAACAGAACACGGAGAUCACUUAGCAACUGCUGCAGCCUUAAGUGUGUUGGUAGACAGCGAGGACAAUGUUGGAUCUAAUAUUGGCCAAGAACCAACGACUGUAGCAGGAAUGGAAGGGAUGAAAUCUCAAAAUAUUUGGAUUCAUGACCCCACACACUUGGAUACUUAUGAUUCAGCCACAGGCUUUCAAAUGAGAGGUACAACGUUCAAAACUACGGACUCGACAAAGGUGGACUUAUCCAACGGAAUGGAGGUAAAGUCGAGUGCUUGCACGACACCCUGGGGUAUACCGGAAACUGAAACUGAAAGUACUUUACUUUCAUUGCUGCACGCAGAGUUAUCUGGAAUCUCGGACUCCCCUUCACAAACCACUGUGCUGUGUGACAAGUUACAAAUCACCCAUAGGUCGGCAUCCAAUCCAGCUCAAACAGAACAAGCGAAUUUCACGAAUCUACGAGAGUUGAUUCCUUUAUCAACCACUACCAGCUGCAUCGGUCCAGCAAAUCAAGCACUCCAACCAAAGUUAGAGCACACCGUAAUGCCACCCUAUAAUCAGGUGCCUCAUGGAUUCACUUCUGUUUUCCCACAGACAUUUACCACGACGGCUGUAAGUCCAUUUGUCCAGAAGUCAACAUCUACUCCAAGUUUCACUGCAGCCACAUUUGCACAAACCAAAUUCGGUUCGACAAAACUGAAAUCUCAUUCAAAGCGUACUCCCAGCCGAAUUCUGUCACCGACUACGGUUCAGCCUAAGUUUGCCUCGAUGAACUGUAAUGGUGGUUUAACUCGAGAAUCAGUUGUUUCCGCUGUGCUCGGGGGCAAUCACCGUCUGGUACAAGGAACAAAUGCUGAUUUGAGUGCGUUCCGGCAGUUUAUGCCACUGCCACUGGACAUGAACACAACGCAAAUCAAACAGUCGAACACGAACGAUCCCUUGUUUCCAUCCGAUGGCACAAACCUGAAGACAGUAGACAACGGUCCACUGAAUGUCGUAACCACGACUGCAUUUGAUACCAAUUCGUCAAUAAAUUUUGGCAUCCAGGUACAAAACGGAAACUCUCUACCACAAGCUGGCAAUUUGGAUGAAUUCUUUUCUGGUCCCCUUGAAGAGAGCAGCGGAGAAACUGUAACUGAGAAACCCAGCUUAAUUGAGAAUGGACAACAUCCUAGCUUGAGCUCCGCCGCAGUGUGGCCCAUUUCCACAAUGAGGUUGUACAGGGAACUCAAUGCUGUCCAUGCUGACAGCUUUCACAAUGGAACUGACUGGAUUCAGCCAACAUUCCCGACAUCAGCUGAUUGUGAGAAGACACCAUUCAACUUGUCUGGACGAAGCUUAAAAGGGGACGAUCACUUGGGACUGCAGGAUGAUGCCUUUCUUUCAGCAAGAAUGGUCAACCUAUUGUUGGAUGAAGAUAGUUCGCAUCUGGGGACCGGUCAGGAGCAGCCAAAACAGAAUCAUCUUUUUGGUAAAAAUCUCUGUUUUGACACUCAGCCACAGCCUUUGAAAAACGGUGAUCAACAGUCGACGAAAAAAGCUUUGGACGAUAUCAAGCCAUUCACAUCUAAUUUGGACCAGGUUCAUAAUGAAGAGAAGCCGGUAUCCGGUUUGAAACAGAACUAAGUACCGAUACCUUUGCUGGACAUCGAGGGAAGUUACUGACCUUAUCAAACGUAGAGUGAACUUAGUUUUUUGGUGGACUAUCACUCAUUUGGAGAUUCAUUGCACCAACUCACCUAUUUUCACACCUAUUUUCAGCGAAAUAUUCUUAAAUUUCCUGUUUGCUCACCUGUUUCACUAACACCAAUUUGAUUCCACGACCAGGCUCUGAUUUACGUGCCGCUGGACUAUUACUUAACUACCCGGAUCUUCUGCCGAGACACACGACCUAGGUCAUGUUCUGAGAUGCGCCUGCUGAAUCGGCCAACUUCCCAACCUAACAACACUCCAGCAGAUCAUCUCUCUGAUCAACCCACCCUUCUCUGAUUGACAAAGCGAUGAAUUUCUUGAAAAGUCAAAUGAUUCCGUACUAAUCCUGAUUGGCUGACUGCUCGGGUGCGAACGUUUUGAGAAGAUUUCCAUUCGGUUUACUGCAACGAGAUUCAACUUACAACUCCGUUCCCUUCUCUUUCCUUCCCCCUCUCUUUUGGAGUUGCUCAGAUUCUUAUGUAGAACAACAAACGUUCAAACAACAAUGUCUCUAGGAUUAUUUGAGUGCCCUUCGACCUGUGCUAGAUAGACUCCACUGACAGCGGACAAAUUUCCCACUAGCAUCCCCAGAACAGAUUCUACUCAUGAACUUACAAUGGGUGCUAAACAAGAGAAAUGUCGCUGCUUCACGGACAUAUUUUAUUCAGUCGAUUCUGAGAAUUCGGUUAGUUACACUUACCUCUCAGCGCUCUUUCUACUAACAUACUUUCUUUUUUAUGAUGGUUCCGAAACCGCAAACUCAUUUCUCAGUGACAGACAAGUGCGGUUUGCGUGCGGCUGAAUUGGCCACACUGCCUCACAAUAGAAAACAGCAGCACCGGCGGGAACAUCACCAACAACAACAUCGACAAAAACGACAACACCACUGAGAACAACAAUCAAAACAAAUGACCCUGACAAACAGAGCCCGUAUUGUUCGAGGAUCAGAGUGAUCCUAUUUUUGUCAAUCGUUUUAUACUGUUUCUACGAUUCACAAUUGAUUAUUAUCUACUGCAACUACUACUUUUAUUACCUGAUUAAACCCUGCCCCACUUACCUGACCUCACCUUCCCCAAACAAAACAAUUAUAGAGUACCUCCAACGAAUCGGAUUACGUAACAUCUGACUGAUUGGUGGCUUACUCAGACCAACAUUGGGUUGCGUGUGUUUGUGAAAACGGUGAAUGAGUCAGUUUGUCCACCAACUUCUUGAGCUGACCACAUUCUGGCCAUUUUACUUGGACACUAGUUUGAGGCCUUUUCACUCAUCUACUUGAAAUGGUGCAGAAUGAUUCUUGUAGUUGACACUCAUAUCAACUACGGGCUUUUGAAAUCAUAAAGACCGUUUGCACAUUAUGCUGGUGUUAUGUUUAAACUACUCAGUGUGUUCACCAUGCUUCAUACACGAUGCAAACCUGAUAUCACAGAAACACGCAAAAGCCACCCCCAGAUGUGAGGCUUACACGUGAGAACAUGUUACGCUUUUGGUAAGCUUGAGCAUUUUUUCAUGUUUAUAAUUCAAUUAUAAACCUCUAUUCA